GUUGGUUUACCUGCUGAUGCUGAUGACGAUGUUGUGCAGCAGUACGCGAGAGCCUACAUUCUGAUGCUUAUGGGAGCUUCCACGUUUGCGGACAAGAGCGGGAAUGAGGUGCAGGUCUUGUAUUUACCCAUUCUGGAGUCUUUUGAUGUAGCUGCAGUUUAUAGUUGGGGUAGUGCGACUUUAGCAUACCUAUAUCGGCAGUUAUGUCGAGGAUGCCAUCGUGACGGUGGAGAGAUGGGUGGGUUUUUAUUGUUGAUACAGCUAUGGUCAUGGGAGCACAUUCAUAUCGGCAGACCUGUCAUACUGCGAUAUCAUGGGAUAGAUGGUGGUCCUCUUGAUGAUGAUAUGGAUCAGCACGCUGUACUUGGGCCACAUCAUGUUCGUGGCGAGGAUCCUUUGGGUCGUAGAUGGCUAUUUGCUCAUGUCACGCGCACGUCAUCCGCUGCUGGAUUAGGAUACUACUGAGAUGCUUUAGAUCGCUUGUGUGAUGAUCAGAUGACGUGGAUGCCGUACACUGAUGAGAUUUUAGGGCUGUUGCCUCCUGUUGCCCGAGAGCACACUGAGAUAUAGCGAGCACGUGUGCCCUUGAUAUGUUUUGAUGUAGUGGAGCAUCACUUUCCUGAUCGCGUACUACGCCAGUUCGGGUUGCAGCAAAUUACUCCCAGACCUUGUGAUACAUCUGUGGAUUUGCACAAGAUUGAUAGACGGGGGAAGCACACUGAAGAUUGGGGGAUGCGCCAUAUUCAGUAUAUCACUAUGUGGGAUGAGAGAGCGGCAUAUAUAGUGGACGGGAUCCCAUCAUUAGUCCCCACAGCUUCUGUAGACUACAUGAUAUGGUAUUACACCAUCACACGGGUGUUUAUCUCUCCCAGUUUUCGUUUACCCACUGAUCAUUACCAGCC